AUGACAUCUGAGCGUUUCAUCUCUCGAGCACUACCGAUAAAAGACCUACUGCUGCCCCCAGAAGCUGCCGGACAGCAAGGAUUGACCGCUGUGCGACCAGAACCUGCAGACGCAUCCACCACAAUCCGGAACGCGGAUCCUGAAGAGGAGAAGCCAGCUCCUUCCGCGAAUGCGAAGAAAAUUCCCUUCGAAUGGGACAACUCCGGUUCAAAGGCCGCAGCAAGUAGGCGGAAGGAUCAGGCUCGGGCAUCACAAAGGCGUCGUAAUCGAAUCAAGCAGAACAAGAGCUUAAUGGCAGAUGUCGAUGCGUACUCGAGCGAGGUUGGCAAGCUGUCGGACUUGGUGUUGCAGCAAAGAGCUCAAUUGCUUAUCCUGAAUGAAUUCAAGGAACUGGUGUUGGCUAAGCAGACGGAGCGUGCCCUGGCAGUUCUGGGUGGUCGUCCACAGCCACUACUGUUGGUUUCUAAUACAUACAGGUCCAUAAAACACUUUGUCAGAUACUGUGGCAACUACGUUGUUUCAGUACCGUGGAAUGACCCGUGCAUGGACUUCGAAGUAUAUUACAAGGACGGAACAGCAGGGCAGGUGCGAUGGCGAGUAACGAUGCCAUUAAAAUUGCAGGCCACGAGGUAUCUCGACGUCCAGGAGGAUUCGCAAAAAGCCGAGCUUGCUAAGGGGCUGUUGCCUACGGCAGAAUGGACGUUUUUCGAAAGUCUGAACAUCACCAAGACGAAUUCUAUGCUCUUGGAGUUUGAAUAG